AAACUACCCCGCUCUUCUAGGUUUGCCAUUGCCUUCUCUUAAUUACUGACGAUCCCUCGUAACGUCGAACCCGUCCAAGCCUCAUCCCUUUUCUCCUAGCCAAGCUGCACUGGUAUUGUCGCCAGGUUCUCCCUUACGUUUUCUGCUCCUCUCGUCUCACACUACUUGUUGCUGUACGAAAGAUAGCUCUACUUGAGAGCUCUAUUGGAGGCCAUGAUCAAUAUCGCACUGGCCCUUACAGCUCUGUCUGUUUUGCCCCAGGCAGCUCAAGCUCUCUACGAGAAUGGCUCCGUCAUUGCCCCAUGUGACUCACCCAUCUAUUGUCAUGGCGAAAUAUUGAAGGAGAUCGAGCUGGCGAGACCGUUUUCUGACUCGAAGACGUUUGUCGAUAUGCCGGCUAUCAAAUCCCUGGAAGAUAUCCAAGCUGCCUUCAACAAACUGGCAAAGCCAUUAAGCAACAACACCGAGCUCAACGCCUUCCUGCUUGACAACUUCGCUCAGGCGGGCAACGAGCUCAAAGAAGUUCCGAAGGAGCAGUUGAUAACGGACCCGAAAUUUCUCAAAAAUAUCAACGACACUGUGAUCAAGGAGUUCUCCCAAAAGGUUAUCGACAUUUGGCCCGACCUCACCCGCACCUACGUCGGAUCGGGCGGCAACACUUCGUUUCCCAACAGUUUCAUUCCAGUCAAUCGAACAUUUGUGGUUGCUGGAGGGCGAUUCCGUGAGCCUUAUUAUUGGGACAGCUAUUGGAUUCUUGAGGGGCUAUUGCGGACAGGUGGUACCUUUACCGAAAUAUCCAAGAACACCAUUGAAAAUUUCCUCGACUUUGUGGAAAAAUUUGGCUUUGUACCCAACGGAGCUCGCGUCUACUACUUGAAUCGCUCACAGCCUCCGUUGUUGGCGCAAAUGGUGCGCCUCUAUGUGGAGUACACCAACGACAGGAGCAUUCUCGACAGGGCAGUUCCGCUUUUGAUCAAAGAACAUGAGUUCUGGACCACCAACCGAACUGUUGAAGUCCAGAAGGAUUGUAACACCUAUACUUUGAGCCGGUACGACGUGGUCAACACGCAACCUCGCCCUGAAUCUUACCGAGAAGACUACAACACUGCUACAAACAGGUCAUACUACUCAACAAGCGGAAUAAUAUACCCAGAAGUUGAGACUCUGAACGAGACCGAAAAGGCUCGUUUGUACGCCAACUUGGCUUCCGGCGCCGAAAGUGGCUGGGAUUACAGUUCUCGCUGGAUUGCUAGACCCGCGGAUGCGACGAGGGAUGUUUACUUUCCUUUGCGAUCUUUGAACAUUGUCGACACCGUGCCAGUGGAUCUCAAUUCCAUCCUGUACUGGAAUGAAAUAACCAUUGCGGAAUUUUUAACCUCUGCAGGCAAUGGCACUGGGGCGGCUGCUUGGACUCAACAGGCACACAAACGUAGUGAAGCGAUGUACAACCUGAUGUGGAACUCUACUUUAUCCAGUUACUUUGACUACAAUGUCACUGCGGGGGCGCAAAACAUCUUCAUCCCGAGAGAUGGCGAUGCUAUCGAUGUCGAAACUAACACUGCUGGGUCGGAGCAGCAAGUCGUCUUCUCUGUUGCUCAAUUUUAUCCUUUCUGGACGGGAGCUGCACCAGAUCACCUCAAAAACAACCCCUAUGCUGUAAAGGAAGCAUUCAAGCGCGUGGAGAAGUAUCUGGACAACAAAAAGGGUGGCAUCCCGGCCACAAAUCUCGUGACCGGGCAACAGUGGGAUCAGCCGAAUGUCUGGCCACCGCUGAUGCACAUUCUCAUGGAAGGAUUGCGCAAAACGCCCGCUACCUUCGGCGAAUCAGACCCCUCAUGGCGCGAAGUUCAAAGCCUUGCCCUUCGUCUCGGACAACGUUAUUUGGACUCGACCUUUUGCACAUGGUAUGCAACAGGAGGUUCCACGAGCGAGACCCCCCAAUUGCAGGGGCUGUCCGCCCAAAACGUGGGCACCAUGUUCGAGAAAUACGGCGACAACGCAACCAAUGUCGCCGGAGGUGGGGGGGAGUACGAGGUAGUCGAAGGCUUCGGCUGGACGAACGGCGUUCUGCUCUGGGCUGUCGAUGUGUUCGGAAACGACUUGAAGCGGCCAGACUGUGGAAAUAUCACAGCGGCAAGCGUCCACCCCGGAAAGAGGAGCUUGCCCCAACGUGCUGUUGAGUUGAACUACUACGAUGCAUCCUGGACUAAGAAGUUUGGCAGGCGCGCCUUGGAGGCGAAGAACAAGUCAUAAUGCCAGCGAGAAAUCAGUGGCGAUUGCUGUGCGCUCUCCGCCGUAGGGCAAUGGCGCCGCAGAGAUCCUCUUGGAUGCAAUGGAUUACCUUCCUGAUAUUACUACAUACUUUAUUUUGGAGAUAUCACCUAAUUUACUUACUGAGCGAAAUUCCUGUACUCGUGUUCUCCUCUCGUCACCAUUGUGUUCCAAGUAAUCUAAUACUCAGGGGUACGGAGGAAACCCCUUUACUGGAUGGGCUACGAACGACGAGGAAUAGUACCCAUGAAGAGAUCAAAUAGACACAACAUAUGAAUGAAUAAUCCAGAUAAAUAUACUGAGUUCGUCA